GAUAUCCGCAUCUUGAGACGAACUUGCACUGCGUUGUGCUUAUCGGCAGUGGUGCCAGGCCGUAUUGCAUUGCGCGGCCGGUGUCGCCUGAUCUGCAGCUCGUAAUGCGCGCUGGUCAAAAGAAUAUCUUGGUAUGCGGGUUGAGUGACUGCCAAGGUUUCCUACAAAAGGUUUGGCGAGUGAGAGUGCAAGGCGCGGGAACUUGUGAACAUAAUUACGGGGCCAAUGUCAAGUCCAUGAGCGGGAAUGAGGGCGAAGAUAUGGCAACGACUGCAAACGAUAGCUAUAAAUAGGCACAACAAGUGUCUUUAGGCUUGAGCUGAAAGUGAUGGACAUCGAGAAUUUAGGCAUCAGCAUACU